AAAAUUGGAUCAUAUUUCCCACCAUUUAUUUCCCAUGCAAAAUUGCGCUUCCGCCGAAACCAGCAUCAAAGUCCUGUGUCGAUUACAUCUUCACGGCCGACUUUACAGUCAGUCCAGCACACCCACCACUGGCAAUGCCAGCCAAAUCCACGUCAAACGACGAAAUCCACCAAGUCGACAAAAAACGACAAAUUCCACUGCCAACGCAGCUUGACUGCUUUGUCUAUCUUGCCCAUCAAGGUGCUCAAACAAGCUUACCGCCUGCCGGUGUCGGAAUUCUGCCGCGCGCCGCCAGCUUCACAGUUAACUUCCCAGGCAGCCAACCGCUCCGCGUUGAACCGUUAGGUGACCAGUGCCUCACCGUCCACGAUUUCUGCCGCGCCGGUCGCCCUCCCAAGAGCUCAGCCGACGACCCAGUCUUCCACGACAACUGUUCCCUCAACAACCACCUACUUGCCCAGUGA